AUGGACCAUUCUUCUUCUACCAGCUGGUCAUUUCUUUCUGCACCAAUCUGGGGUGUAAAAGACCAUUGUGCGAUAUCAUCAUUUGCUUGUUCAUUUGUUUGCUCAAUAGAUGUGUUAUCAUCAUCACGAGCCAAUCAUUGCACUGAAGAACGUGUUGAUGAAGUCUAUCAGGCUUGCCACUUAGCUCAACCAAACAAUGCUUAUAAUUCAAAUUUUAAAAGACAUUAUUUAAAUAUUGCUCAUGAUUAUCAGAAACAUCUUGAUAUUAAAAGAGAAACUAAAGAAGCAAUUGAUGCAAUAAGAUUAGAAGCUUUAAGAUUUUCUUUAGUAGUUUUAGUAAAUGAUGAAGUUCUUAGUAGAAGUGUUAAUGAUGACGAAUCUUAUGAAAAAUGUACUUCUAGAGAAGUUUUUGAAGAAACCAAUAUAGUGAUCAAUAACUCUAAAUACAUAUAUAAAAUAGAAAUUGAUUAUGAAGUUUUAAAAAUAUUACGAAUUAAUCCUAUAGGAGAAAAAUCUAAACUUAAUAUUAGAUUACAUACUAAUAAUUCAAUAAAAGAGCUAUUGGUAUAUGAAAAGGUACAUAAUAUAAACAUUGAAAUUAAACAAUUUUAUAACUUUUUAUUCGCAAUUAUUAAAGAUAGUGAUAGUAAUAAUUUUACAUCCAAUAUUUCUAGUCUUAAGGAAUGUGCUAAUAAAAAUGAAAAUAUUUUAGCUAUAAUUUAUAUUACUGAAUAUAAAAAUAUUAUGAAGAAAUAUAUUUUGAGUGAAAGUGAAAGAGAUUUUAAUUUUUACUUAAAAGAAAAUAGGUUUGAAGUUUGGAAUUAUAAAGAUGAUUUUGUAGUAUAUCAUAAAUUAUCAAAGAAUAUUCAUAAGUAUAUUGAAAAAUUUAAUAGACAUAUUGAAAAUUAUAAUUCUCUUGAACAUGUAAAGAAGAAAUAUAGUGGUAAUAUAGAAAUAUCCUUUAAAACUUUCAAAUAA